GAAGCAAACAUAGUAGUAAGAACCAACCGCUCCAACUCAUGAACAAAAUUUCCUUCGAUUAAAUUCGAAACGAAGCCGCAAACUCAGGGUAAUAGACUUGAUGGAUUCAAAGUUGCCGUCUCCUCCUGGUGAUGGUUCUAACACCAAAACAGCAUUUCGCAAGCCUUCAAAUGAUGCAGCUAACAGGAAGUAUCGGCGCCGUUCUCCAGUUGGUGGGUCGUCUUCGUCUGAAGGCAGUCCUCAUCGUGACCAUAACUCCAGUCCUGUCCUUUUGAAGGAAGAUACUGCAAAAGAUUCUGAAUAUCGAUCAAGAAGGAAAGAUGAUGGCAGAAAUGGUGAUUCAUAUAGACAUUAUGAACGACAGUCAUCAAGGAGUUCCCAUGGUUAUUCUAGGCAAGAUGACCGUGUGAAACCUGACAAGCGUGUAGACGAUAGUGAUAGACAUUAUGAUAGGUAUUCUUCUCGCUCUGGUAGGGAGUCAAGAGGUAGCAGUCGUUCUGAUCGUACAAGAGAAGAAAGUGAGCAUAGUAGGUCUAGAAACUACUCAUCAAAGGAGGACAGAUAUUCCCAUGAUGGACAUGAUGGUUCAGGAAAUAGAAGCAAGGAGAAGGACAAAGAGUCUCACAAAUAUAAAGAUAGGGAUUUAUCUUUUGACAGAGCUGGACCUGUAAAGAGACGGGACAGAGAUGAUCGAGAUGAAAAAAGGGAUUAUUAUAGAAGUUCAGAAGACCAUAAAAGUCAUCGUCUGGCUUCCUAUGAAGAAUCCAGGGGCCAUCGACACGAUUCCUCUUCUGGGAGGGACAAUGAUAAAUAUCGCUUUAAAGGGGAGAAGUAUGAUGAACUGGAAGCUUGCGGGGAUAAGGAUCAAAACAUUAGGGUACCAGUGGAGAAGUCCAUCUUUGCAAGUGAAAAUGAAGAAUCACCAGCUAAAAAACCAAAGCAUUUUAGUUCCAGCAAGGGCACCACUGAUUAUGCUGAUGAAAAGCAGACAUCAAGUUUAGACAAGGCUCAGGAGAGUGGUAGUAGAGGUAUUGCAGGAGAGGUACAUGGCAAUGACUCUGAGGCCACUAAUGACCUAAAUGCUGCAAAAGUUGCUGCAAUGAAAGCUGCUGAGCUAGUUAAUAAGAACCUUGUUGGGGUGGGUUUUAUGACUGCUGACCAAAAGAAGAAGCUGCUAUGGGGAAACAAGAAGAACACAACAACAGACGAGACUGGCCAUCACUGGGAUACUGCAAUGUUUGGUGAUCGUGAACGACAAGAAAAAUUCAAUAAACUCAUGGGUGUGAAAGGCGAGCUGAAGGUGGAGCAGCAGCCAAACAAUCAAGAUGGCAAUGGUCACCUCCAAGCCGAGAAGCAGAGGGAACUUCAGCUGGACUUGGACUUGGAGAAACAGUAUACUGCCGGACUCAGGAGAAGAGAUGGACGCACUGUUGGAUUAGGUCUCUGAGUAUCAACCUUGAAUCAUACUUUAUCGCUAGAACAGUUCCUUGUGACAUUGUGUUGUCCUUAUUUGCAGGAAUAUUAAUUCCUGAACUUCUAUGCUUUUGGCAUGCUGGGAAAAAUUUGCCUUUUUAUGGGAUGUUUAAAGACUUGGCAAAUGACAUAUUUGAACCUUUUCAUCUUUCAGCAUUAUCAGUUUUCCA